CGAGCAGUGCGGAGCGAGCGGCGGCGGCGGCGGCGGCCCGGGCAGCGGGAGGCGCCUCGGCCAGGGCGGCGGCGGGCGCCCGCGGGAGCCAGCAGCGUUGCAGCCGCGCCGGCCGCCCGCGCCCCGGCGCGCUUCGGCCCGGCCAUGGAGCUGCCAGCUGUUGGCGAGCACGUCUUCGCCGUGGAGAGCAUCGAGAAGAAGCGGAUCCGCAAGGGCAGAGUGGAGUAUCUGGUGAAAUGGAGAGGCUGGUCCCCCAAAUAUAACACGUGGGAACCCGAGGAGAACAUCCUGGAUCCCCGGCUGCUGAUCGCCUUCCAGAACAGGGAGCGGCAGGAGCAGCUGAUGGGGUAUCGGAAGAGAGGGCCGAAGCCCAAACCGCUGGUCGUGCAGGUACCCACCUUUGCCCGGCGCUCCAAUGUGCUGAGCGGACUCCAGGACUCCUCCGCCGACAACCGCGCCAAGCUGGAGCUGGGCGCGCAGGGCAAGGGCCAGGCGCACCAGUACGAGCUCAACAGCAAGAAGCACCACCAGUACCAGCCGCACAGCAAGGAGCGGGCGGGCAAGCCCCCGCCGCCGGGCAAGAGCGGCAAGUACUACUACCAGCUCAACAGCAAGAAGCACCACCCCUACCAGCCCGACCCCAAGAUGUACGACCUGCAGUACCAGGGCGGCCACAAGGAGGCGCCCAGCCCCACCUGCCCGGACCUGGGCGCCAAGAGCCACCCGCCCGACAAGUGGGCCCACGGCGCGGGAGCCAAAGGCUACCUGGGGGCGGUGAAGCCCCUGACCGGGGCGGCCGGGGCUCCGGGCAAGGGCGCCGAGAAGGGCCCCCCCAACGGGAUGACCCCGGCCCCCAAGGAGGCGGGGGCGGGCAACGGGAUCGGGGGCAAGAUGAAGAUCGUCAAGAACAAGAACAAGAACGGGCGCAUCGUGAUCGUGAUGAGCAAGUACAUGGAGAACGGCAUGCAGGCGGUGAAGAUCAAGUCCGGCGAGGCGGCCGAGGGCGAGGCGCGCUCCCCCGGCCACAAGAAGCGGGCGGCCGAGGAACGCCACCCCCCGGCCGACAGGACUUUGAAAAAGGCCGCGGGCGCCGAGGAGAAGAAGGUGGAAGCGCCCGCCAAGAGGAGGGAGGAGGAGGUGCAGGGGCCCGGCGAACCGCAGCCUCAGGACGCGGGCUCCCGCAAGCUCUCCCCGGCUAAGGAGGCCUUCGGCGAGCAGCCCCUGCAGCUCACCACCAAGCCGGACCUGCUGGCCUGGGACCCGGCCCGGAGCACGCAGCCGCCCUCCCACCACCACCAUCACCACCAUCACCACCACCACCACCACCACGCCGUCGGCCUGAAUCUCUCCCAUGCACGCAAGCGCUGCCUCUCCGAGACCCACGGCGAGCGCGAACCCUGCAAGAAGCGGCUGACGGCGCGCAGCAUCAGCACCCCCACCUGCCUGGGGGGCAGCCCGGCGGCCGAGCGCCCCGCCGAGGCCGCCACCGCCGCCGCCCUCCCACAGCCGGAGGUCAUCCUGCUGGACUCCGACCUGGACGAGCCCAUAGACUUGCGCUGCGUCAAGACGCGCAGCGACGCCGGGGAGCCUCCCAGCUCGCUCCAAGUGAAGCCCGAGGCACCCGCGGCGGCCGCGACGGCGUCGGCAGCGGCCACAGCGGCCGAGAAGCCUGCGGCCGAGGCCCAGGACGAGCCCGAGGAGCCGCUGGCCGAGUUCAAGCCCUUCUUUGGGAAUAUAAUUAUCACCGACGUCACCGCGAACUGCCUCACCGUCACGUUCAAGGAGUACGUGACGGUGUAGCCCGGGGGCUUCGGAAGGGGAAGCGCCAUCCCCACCGGGGAGGCUGAGCAUCCCGGGCCUGGAGGCGGACUCGCCCUCUCGGCUGUCCACGGGAGCUCGAGGCCGGCCCCCGGGGGCCAGGACGCCGGAAGCCGCGGUGACCGAGCUCCUCGGCGGUGCGCGGCUAUCGGGUCCCGUCCAGGGCGCACCGCCAGCCCCCUCCGCUCGCCGCCUCCUCCCACGCCGCCGUGCCUGCGGGUCUCGCCCUCCACCUGCUGGUUCCUCGGGCGGGGCGAGAGCUGCGCUUCCCUCCUCCCUCCCCUGCGCUCCUCUCCCCUCCCUCGUGGACCUCCGGACCUGACAGGGCAGCCACGCGCGGCGGUCAGAGUUAUAGUAUUAUAUUUUAACCGUGCUAAUAACUUGUCAAGUGCUGACUUUACUCCCGUUUGUACGUGGUGUUAUUAUUGAAAUGUAUUGUUUGAGCUCAAAGGCCCGACCCACCCCCACCCCCUUUCGGGCUGAUAUAUAAAUAUAUAUAUAUAUUUAUUUGUAGGUAUUUAUAUAUUGAAAUAUAAAAACCUAGAUUUAUGGAGUUUCCUCUAGAUCAUGUUAUAUUCUAUAUCAAACUAUUUUCUGUUGAUCUUUUUUCCCCUUCAUCCAGUAUUUUGGUUGAUUUCAUUUCCUCCCCCUUCUCCCCUUCCACGAUCUGCAAUACCAGUAACCUUGGUAUAUAUUUUUUGAUACUGUACACAUGGAUGUGUUGUUUCUAUGUGCAAAAAAAAAAGUUUGUUAAAAGGCUAAACAAGCUGUCUAGAAACUGCUGCUACUAGAAAUGUCUAAACUAUAAGCUUCCAAUUAUUACCUGCUUGAAUGUAAAUAUUAAAUGGAGAUGUUGAAGGUG